AAAUUUUUUGAUCAGUCAGUUGAUUGUUGAUUGAGUUCAAUCGAAGUUGGAGUGAAAAAAGAAAAUUAUCAGCCCAUUAUCAGAUAUUUUUAUUCCUGUUUUUGCUGAUAUUCUUUUAAACUAGUACUUCGUUAAUUAUUUACGAAGUGGUAAACACCGCCCCCAAGGAUGGCUACUUUGAAAAAUGACUUGGACGAAUAUUUACUGCAGAACGACAAAAGAAGUUACAAAAUAAGUUUACCUACUUUUUCGACUCCUACUUUUUUCACAAGAAACAAUGAUGCCACUCCUAGCAGCAGUAACAGCCAAAGUUGGUUUGAAGAAGUCCAGAAGGAUUAUUGUACAUUAAGCCGCACACAAAGAUUCAUAGGAUUCGGAAUCUGUCUCUUCCUGGGAAUUUUAUGUUUCUUUAUGUCGUUUUUGUUGCUGCCAGUACUUCUCGUGUAUGCCAGGAAGUUCUCACUACUGUUCACAUUGGGAAGUUUGUUUUUCUUGCUUAGUUUCAGUUUCCUCUACGGACCAUGGAAUCAUCUAAAAUCCCUGUUUUCCAAAGAGCGAGCUCUGGCUACAGUGAUGUAUGGAGCCACACUGAUUGCCACUUUAUACUGUGCCCUUCACCUCGGCAGCACACUCCUGACUGUGCUCUGUGCAAUAGCACAGGUUGUGUCUCUCAUCUGGAUGAUGAUGGGAUCAGUUCCCGGGGGCUCUUCAGGAGUUAGAUUCUUUGGCAGCAUGUUCAAGUCAUCAGUAUCAAACACAUUGCCGAUUUAACAAAUAUUAUCUCAUAUAAGUGAUGCUGGGAAAUGGACCUUUUUGUAAUAUAAGUUUUCUAUUCUAUUUUUAUACAUAUAUUUUUUUAUUUAGGACUAUGUUCUCUGAUUAGAAUGUUUAAAAAAAUACAUUGAACUGAUGGAUAUCGUGAAUUUAUGGUUUACUAUAAAAUUGUAAAUCAACCAAUAUAUUAAACAUAUCAUAUUUUUCUAUAAAGUCAGUGACAAGUACAGCCUGUGUAAAUGUUUUUUUUGUCAAGUGUAUGUCAUUUUCUUUACUUGUUUUUACAGAUAGCGUUAAGACCUUAACAAAUAUUGCAUGUAAUAAUAAAUUAGCAAUAAAAAACAACUAGCUGCGCCCUGGGGCUUCGCUCCCGUGGGAAUUUCGGGAUAAAAAUACCCUAUAUCUUAUUUCAGGUAAUUUUCUACCCGUGUACCAAAUUUCCUAACAAUCAGUCCAGUAGAUAAUUCGUGAAGAGGUAACAAACUACUUUCGCAUUUAUAGUACUAUUAGUUGGGAAAUAGAAAAUGGCGCUGUAAUCCUUGUUGACUGUAUUGUUUAUUUAAAUGAACUAUAUAGCUGUCUUGCCAAUAUCAAAUGAGACUUAUGUAGGUAAAAUUAUGUAAAUUACAAUAUUAUUGAAAAAAGUCAACAUGUAAAAUAAAUUUUAAAAUAAGUAACUGAUAAAAUUCUAUUUAAUGUUAUAUUUUUUAAAUAAGUUUUCGAUAAGAAAUCUAAAUGAAGAUAAAGUCUUCAACUAGAUACAUUCGUAAAAAGAAAACAAGAGGAAACAUGUAAUUAAAUGACUUUAGUUUAAAAACCAUAAGCCUAUUAUAUAAUAAAAUUUCAGGAUUUUUCACACCCUACACUUGUUGAGUUCCUUACGGACCAUUAAAUUCCAAAAAUGUUGCUGAAUGAUUACUGAAUGAAACAAGUCUUAAUAAUUUAUAAGAUGCAUAUUACAGAGAAAAAGCUGCGGUAAAGUUUGGCCGCUUCUUUUUCACCUGCGCUUUGGAAGUCUGCUGACAUUGUAUGUAAUUUUUUGACGUCAAUAAGCGAUGUGUAUAUAUCAUCCUAACAUAAAAAAAGAACUUUGAAUGUUUCCAAAAGAAAAGGAUGAAGGAUUUGCUUGUCGAAUUUAUCUUUUUGUAUACUUAUUAGAUUCUAAAACAAGACUUGCAAGACCAAAUUCCCAAGUAAUAUUUAUACGUGUAUAAUUUGUUUACAAAUGGCUAAAAGUUAAGUUUAUAAAUUAUAUACUAUUGUAAUGAUAAUUAAUUUAAUAAAAUAGUUAUCUUUUUUUCGUUUCGGUAUCUUGUAAGAAAAAAAGUAUUAUUUAACUUUAUUCUAAGUUACUUUGAGAUGUGGAAAGCAUACACAAUCUAGUUAAAUUCUACAACGAAUUAUGUAGGUAGGUACAUUUUUAAUAUUCCCUACUUCAAAUUAUAUUAUUGCCAUUACGAUAUUGUAAUUUUUUAAUGCAGCAGCAUAAACAUAAAUUAUUAUCGACAGAUUGGUUAAACAUGCAUGCGUGAUUGUAACUUCUGAAGUUUUGUGAGUAGGUACCUAAAUUGUCUUUCUGAAGUUUUGUGAGUAGGUACCUAAAUUGUCUUUUCAAUAAACGAUGAAAACAUGAA